GACAGAUGUACUUUUUGUAUCGUAUAUGUUUAUAAUUUUUUACACGUGAAUUUUUCAGAAAUAUUUUUCUUUAAUAAUUUAAUAUCAAUUUCUUAUUUAUUUAACAACAUAAAAUGACAAAAUCAGAUUUAAAAAUAGUAUUAGAAUUUAGUGCCGGUGCUGAGCUUCUAUUUGGAAACAUUAAAAAACGAGAAGUAAUUUUGGAUGGCAGCAAAACUUGGACCUUAAAGAACUUCAUCAAAUGGAUGCAUGACACAAUUCUAACUGAAAGACCAGAGUUAUUCAUUCAAAAUGAUUCAGUUCGACCGGGUAUUCUUGUGCUAGUGAAUGAUACAGAUUGGGAGCUCUUGGGUGAAUUGGAUUACGAACUGCAGAACAAUGACAACGUCCUCUUUAUUUCCACACUGCAUGGAGGAUAAAAUCAAUUUAUUUUUAAAUAAAAUCGUCUCAUUUAUAUCAUUUGUAUAAAUAAAAAAAAAAUAUUUUUGUAA